AUGGGAAAGGAAGUCAAAAGAAGGGAGAAAAGGAAAGAAGACAAGAAACGCAUAGUAAUCUCCAAUCUGCCCUUUGAAGUAUGGUCCUACAAAGAGAAUCCCAACAGGCAUUAUUGUGGGAAUCAAAUUAAGACCAGCAAGUACACCGUGUUGUCCUUCAUACCCAAGAACAUCUUUGAACAGCUACACCGGUUUGCCAAUCUCUAUUUUCUGGGCAUUGUGGGUCUGAAUUUUGUUCCCGUGGCCAAUGCUUUCCAGCCUGAGGUAGGUGUGAUACCAAUCUGUAUCAUCCUGGCGGUCACUGCUAUAAAGGAUGCUUGGGAAGACCUCCGAAGAUGCAAAUCUGAUAAAGUGAUCAAUAACCAAGAAUGUCUCAUCUAUAGCAGAAAACAGCGGAGCUACGUGAAGAAGUGCUGGAAGGAUGUGCGUGUGGGCGACUUCAUCCAAAUGCAAUGCAAUGAGAUCAUCCCAGCAGACAUACUCCUGCUCUUCUCUUCAGACCCGAAUGGGAUCUGCCACCUGGAAACUGCCAACCUGGAUGGAGAGACAAACCUCAAACAAAGGCGUGUUGUGAAGGGCUUCUCACAGCAGGACUCCCAGGAGCAGUGGAGUUUGCACUUGAACAUGAAGAUUAGACGCAAAGUUAAUAAUGUCCACCGCUCUUCUGAAAAUGAGGCAGGAGAGAGGUCGAGUUCACUCACCACUUCUAGUUUUACGACACUAACCAGUGACAGCAUAGAGAGGCCACCAAACCACUCUCCAUAUUUCCUCAUCCCCAGGGAGCAUCCUGACCAGUCGAGGACCGGCUUUGGCAGUGAGAGUCUUCUGCUUCGAGGCUGCACCAUCAGGAACACCAAGGUGGCUGUUGGCAUUGUCAUCUACGCAGGCCAUGAGACAAAGGCCAUGCUGAACAACAAUGGCCCACGAUACAAACGCAGCAAGAUAGAGCGGCGCAUGAACACAGACAUCUUCUUCUGCAUUGGGCUCCUCUUCCUCAUGUGCCUCGUCGGAGCUGUAGGUCACAGCCUCUGGAAUGGGACCUUUGAAGAACACCCUCCCUUUGAUGUUCCAGAUGCCAAGGGCAACUUCCUUCCCCUUGCCCUUAGGGGCUUUUACGUGUUCCUUACAAUGAUCAUCCUGCUCCAGGUGCUGAUCCCAAUCUCCCUGUAUAUAUCCAUUGAGCUGGUGAAGCUUGGGCAAAUCUUCUUCCUGCAAAAUGACCUUGACCUGUACGAUGAAGAGACUGAUUUGUCCAUCCAGUGUCGAGCCCUCAACAUCACUGAGGACUUGGGCCAAAUCCAGUAUGUCUUCUCUGACAAGACGGGGACGCUGACAGAGAACAAGAUGGUGUUUCGGCGUUGCACUAUCAUGGGCAGCGAAUAUUCUCACCAAGAAAAUGCCAAACGACUGGAGACCCCAAAGGAGCUGGACUCAGACAGUGAAGAGUGGACCCAAUACAAGUGCCUAUCCUUCCCAGCCCGAUGGUCUCAGCGCCCAGCAACAGUGGGAGGCCAAGGACGAGCCCAGCCUCUGAGGAGGUGCCACAGUGCCCGGGUACCUAUCCAGGGUCACUCCCGACAAAGGUCUGUGGGGCACUGUGAAAGCUCACAGCCUCCUGUGGCCUUCAGCAGCUCCCUAGAAAAAGAUGUGACUCCAGACAAAAAUCUACUGGCCAAAGUACAAGAUGCUGCUCUGUGGCUGGAGACCUUGUCAGACACAAAACCAGCCAAGCCUUCUCUCUCCACCACCUCCUCCAUUGCUGACUUCUUCCUCGCCCUAACCAUCUGCAACUCCGUCAUGGUCUCUACAACCACUGAGACCAGGCAGAGAGUCACCAUGCCACCCUCUGCCAAGGCUCUGGGGACGUCCCUGGAGAAGAUUCAACAACUGUUCCACAGAUUGAAGCUUUUGAACCUUAGCCAGUCAUUCUCAUCCACUGUGCCCUCUGACACCGACCUGGGAGAGAGUUUGGGGGCCAACAUUCCAACCCCAGACUCAGAAGAGAGAGAUGAUGUGUCUGUGUGCAGUGGAGGUAACUCCACUGAUGGUGGCUAUAGGAGCAGCACAUGGGACCAGGUUGACAUCCAGGGGUCAGGAUUAGACGCUUCCUUGGAAGAGGUGCUGGAGGCCCCAGCUCUAGGCCUGGCCAGCCCUGAGCUCUGUUAUGAGGCUGAGAGCCCUGAUGAGGCAGCCCUGGUUCAUGCCGCCCAUGCCUACAGCUUCACUCUGGUGUCCCGGACACCAGAGCAGGUGACUGUGCGCUUGCCCCAGGGCACCUGCCUCACCUUCGAUGUCCUCUGCACCCUGGGCUUUGACUCUGUCAGGAAGAGAAUGUCUGUGGUUGUGAGGCACCCACUGACGGGUGAGAUCAUCAUCUACACCAAAGGCGCAGACUCAGUUAUCAUGGACCUGCUGGAAGACCCGGCCUGCGCAACUGAUUCUGAUAUGGAAAAGAAGGUGAGGAAAAUCCGAGCCAGGACCCAGAAGCACCUAGACUUGUAUGCAAGAGAUGGCCUUCGAACACUGUGCAUCGCCAAAAAGGUCAUAAGUGAAGAUGACUUCCGACGAUGGGCCAGUUUCCGGUGUGAGGCGGAGGCAUCCCUCGACAACCGAGAUGAGCUUCUAAUGGAGACGGCACAACAUCUGGAGAAUCAACUCACCUUACUCGGAGCCACUGGGAUUGAAGACCAGCUGCAAGAAGGGGUUCCAGACACAAUUGCUGCCCUGCGGGAAGCUGGGAUCCAGCUCUGGGUCUUGACUGGAGAUAAGCAGGAGACAGCAGUCAAUAUCGCCUAUUCCUGCAGAUUGUUAGAUCAGACUGACACUGUUUACUCCAUUAAUACAGAAAAUCAGGAAACCUGUGAAUCCAUCCUUAACUAUGCACUGGAAGAAGUGAAGCAAUUUCAUGGACCACAGAAGCCAAACCGCAAGCUCUUUGGGCUCUGCCUACCUUUUGAGACACCACCUCCUACCUCAAGAGCUGCAGUUCCAGAAGUUGGAUUGGUCAUCAAUGGGAAGACAUUGAAUGCCAUUUUCCAGGGAAAGCUGGAGAUGAAAUUUUUAGAGCUGACUCAGUAUUGCCGGUCUGUCCUGUGCUGCCGUUCUACCCCUCUCCAGAAGAGUAUGAUAGUCAAGCUGGUGCGAGACAAGUUGAGCGUCAUGACCCUUUCCAUAGGUACCCAUCAUGCUGAGAUGUGGGUGCAGCUUGUAAGGCUGAUCUGACAAAAGUCCUGGGCCAGAGG